GCCGGGGUUAGCGCGAUACACGCGACGCGUCUAGCCAGACUGAACAGUAGCAGUCCUCGAGGUAAAGGUAGAGGGGUCGACAACACCACUGCCCCUCACUGUCAUGGCACCAAAAAGACGCGCAGUACGUACUUGUCAUUCUUGCUAGACGUGAGAUCCGGCUGACGCUUGUCCAGGAGCGCGAGGAACCGGAAUCCGACGAAGAUGGAGCGCAAGACGGCGACACACAAAACGAUGACGAUGCCCACCGACAGAUGGUCAAGAAAUUUGUGCGCUUAGCGAUAUCGUCAGAGUAUUCCAGAACGCCUAUACGGCGCCAGGACGUCUCGCAGAAAGUACUCGGACCGGAUAAAAGGCAGUUCAAGGCCGUCUUCGAAGCAGCCCAAGAAGCCCUACGACGGACAUUCGGCAUGGAGAUGGUGGAGUUACCACAGAGAGAAAAGGUCACCGUACGCGAGCGGAAAGCUGAGGCAUCGCGAGAGAAGAAUACUGCCACUUCAACCAAUAUCUGGGUGCUCGCAAGUGUGCUUCCGCAAGAGUUCAAGGUACCAGAGGCCAUACGACCACCGAGGGUCCCGACACACGAAACAGAGAGUGCCUACAUCGGCCUGUACAGUUUUGUGAUAGCCACAAUACUCCUCUCUGGUGGCACAAUCUCGGAGACCAGGCUACUUGCAUAUUUGAAGAAGGUCGACGCGGAUCAGACUACCCCAAUCGACCAGACCGACAAGCUCCUCAAAAGACUUCACCGGGAGCAAUACAUUGUGGAGAUUAAGGAUAGUGAAAACGAGAUUGAAUAUAGGGUCGGGCCUCGAGGCAAGGUCGAGGUUGGCAAGACUGGUGUCGCAGCGCUUGUGAGGACCGUUUACGGAGAAAAUGCACCCGACGACCUGGAAUUGCGCCUUCAGAGGACUCUAGAUUUGAGCAAUCAAGGCCCACAUACCAGGAUAGAAGACGGUGAUACAGAAAUGAAUGAGCAAUGAUUAAUCCC